AUGAGCAUCCUCAUCACCGGCGCCGGCGGCUUCCUCGGCCAAGCCCUAGCAAAGACCCUCGCCAGCACCCCAGGAAUCCACACCCUGGUGCUAACAGACGUGGUCGAGCCAGCAAAACCAAAAACAGAUUCCAACACGCACAUAACAUCCCUAAAAGCAGACCUCACCUCCAGCGAGACAUGCAGGGCCCUCCUCUCCACGCCCUUCACUCACAUGUACCUCCUGCACGGGAUCAUGUCCGGCGCAAGCGAGGCGAAUCUCCCGCUUGGCCUGGCUGUGAAUGUGGACUCGAUGCGGAAUAUACUUGACAUUUUGCGAGAACAGCACGAAGCUAAAACAAAGUCUGAGAAGACAGGCGUACGGAUCAUAUACCCCUCCAGCCUGGCCGUCUUCGGCGGUCCAGAGAUCCACGCAGCGCCCGUGACGGAAUCGACAAUCACCCUCCCUCAAUCCUCGUACGGCGCGCAGAAACAUAUCUGCGAGGUGCUGUUCAAUGACUUUUCGCGAAGGGGUAUUAUCGACGCUGUGAUUGUGCGGUUGCCUACUAUCAUUGUCCGUCCUGGAAAGCCCUCCGGUGCGGCGUCGAGUUUCUGUUCCGGCAUUGUGCGCGAGCCGCUUAAUGGUGAGGAGAGCGUGCUUCCUGUCAGUAGGGAUUUGAAGUUGUGGGUUUGUGCCACCAGGACGAUUAUUCGGAAUCUUGUCCGCGCCAGGGAGGUUUCGUUCCCAGGGGAGGUGUUCUCGCGUGUUGUGAAUCUGCCGGGCGUCACGGUUACGGUGCAGGAGAUUCUGGAUGGGUUGAAGACUGUUGGAGGGGAGGAGGCGUUGAGUCGAGUUGUUGAGAAGGCGGAUCCGGCUGUGCAGGCGAUUGUGGGAUCGUGGCCGGCGGUGUUUGAUGUGAAGAAGGCGCUGGAUAUGGGCUUCUACCCUGAUGGGGAUCUGGCUGAGACGAUUCGGGCGUAUAUAGAGGAUUACGGCAGUACACCAUAG